AUGGAUGAGAAACGGGGCGUGUCAACCAGCUCAGACGCGGAUACUCUCGAUUCGAGCUAUGAACAGAAUCGGGAAUGGAUCCGGCACAGCAAUCCCCAGGGCGAGGUGUCGCAUGACUCGGGCGUCAAUGUCGCAAGGGCCGAGCAGGAGUUUGCUGAGCUGAACAGAGAGCUUUCUAAGAUCUCUUAUCAAGCUCAGCGGCUCUCUAAGCAUGCCUCUAGGGUAUCGAAGAACGAAGUGCACAGCAAGGACGUGGAGCGAUCCGCCAGCUCAACCGACUCUCUGGAGGACUGGGAUCUCGAAACGGCCUUGCGCGGGAACCAAGAAGCUGAAAUGGAGGCUGGUAUCAAGAGUAAACACAUCGCUCACGGUUCGUGGAAUUGGCGGUUCCAAAAGCAUCAUCAAGACGUUUCCGGACGCCAUUGUGGACUUCUUUAA